AUGAAGAGGUCUCAACUACACUCUCUCAAAGUCUCUCCAAUAUCAUCACUUUCUCCUCCUCCUCCUCCUUCUUCACUUGGCACUAGGGCUGCACCGGAGAUGACAAUUAUUGGUGAUAAUGACCGGCGUUUGGGAUGGAGAUCGCCGGCCGUUAGGCCUUAUGUACGGUCCAAAACGCCUCGGCUUCGGUGGACAUCUGAUCUUCACCAUUGCUUCUUACUUGCAGUUCAGAGGCUUGGGGGAGAAGAGAGGGCAACACCUAAGUUGGUCUUACAGCUCAUGAAUGUUAAGGGCCUUACCAUUUCUCAUGUCAAAAGCCAUCUUCAGAUGUACAGGAGCAUGAAGCAUGAGCAGACGCUACAAGCUUCUCCAUAUUGUCGGAGUUGCAGGAAUAAUAUUAAGGAGGAAGAACAUAAUGAUGACAAAGAUGGAAGAAGGGAGGAGAAUACAUCAGAAGCAAUUCAUGGUGUCAGAGAGCAGACCCGUUCCUAUAUCAUCUUCAACGACCUUUUCAAAAGCCCCGCGGAUACUGAGGAGAGGAAGGAGAUGAAAGCAGAAAGUGGAGCUGGUGGUAAUGAUCAAAGAUUGGAAGGGGAAGAUUUGCAGGAGAUAGGAGAGAGAGUGGGUGUCGAAGACGACAAGAAGCUGUCUCUGUCAAUGAGCUCAAAAGGUUUUCGGGCAUGGCUGAUGAAGCAAUCCAACCCCCCUGGUCUUCCCCUAAAUGAUGUCUCUCUUCACCUCACCCUCUCCUUCAACACCACCACCAAUCUCUAA